AUGGCCUCAAUACCUGCAGCUGCCCCGCAAGUUGGCGAUGAGGCAAAACCCAGCGCUGAUGAAUAUCCCCAGAGCCUCGGGCUGAUCGGAUGGAGACCAGAAGAUGAGAGCUCCUCAUUCAUCCGGUUCCUAGGAACUCACGGAUCUCACAUAGCAUAUACUACCAAGGACAGCGGCAACUUGCCCUCCUGUCCCAUUUCAAGCCGGCAGAGCAUCAAGAUCGGCAUCAAACCCACGUCGCGACUGAGCCACGUCGUCUCAUGUCUUAAGGGGAAGUUUUGCGAUAGUCGCCAGCAGAUUUCGGAUGAUGCCCAACUACAGUUCUACUGGGUUGACAAGCGAUUGAAUGGCAACGAGAUCCCAAUGGGCCUCUCUACUUUACAAUACAGGGUACUAGACCCCGAUGACAGUGGCUCGAUACAGGUCCAUUGUCGCACAACCGCUCUCGACUUCCACAUGAAGCUCAGCGAAGUCCAACUGGAACAACUAGCUCGCGACGUCGAGUCGGGGGCAAUGGUCGGAAGUCUGCGACAAACCGUAGCGCAACUCCUACAUGCAUCAAAUCCCUCCUCUGCCGCCAGAGCCGUAAAUCCCAACCAGGUCGUGAUCGAAGCAGCUGGCGGACAGAGACCCGGGCCGCUACAGGGUAGCAACUGGGAGACGCGUAAAGUCAAAUCAUGGCUUUGCCGACACAUAGUGAUAGGCCUGAGACACCGCGGAGAUGUCUUCGUCUUCAAGGCGCUUAACGAGGAGUACAUCUGGCACAGCCCCGAUGUCGAUCGCGAUGGCUGCGUAAAUGCGCGAGCAAUGAAGCACUGGCUGAAGCGCGACCUUCUCACCACCAUCCAUCAGCGAGUCGUCCACCGGCGCGGGAUCGAAAGUGACGAUAUUCAACUCUUCCAUCGAGACAAAGUGGUCAAAGACCGUACCCGCUUCCGUCCAGGCACAAGUCUCGAAUUCCGGUUAUCGCACGCUGUGGAAGAUGCCUACGUCGAAGCUGAGGCAUGGCUCGUGCCAGAGACAGAGACUUGUGCGGUAUGUAGCGAGGACAAGAGGGUGUCGGAGAUGCCGAACCAGAUGCGAAUCACAACGGCUUGCGAACAUGAAUCUGCGACUUGCAAGGAGUGUGUCGACCAGUGGAUUGCUUCAAGUCUGGACACUAUGACCUGGGACCGCCUGAAGUGUCCGGAGUGUCCUCAGUUACUGGCGUUCGACGACGUCAGGGGCUCCGCUACCCGCGAGACAUUCGAUCGCUACGAUAAGCUGGCAACCAAAGCCGCAGUCGGCAAGCUCCCAGAGUUCCAAUGGUGCCUGAACCCUCGUUGCGAAGCUGGUCAGAUACACCCCAACGGAUGCACCAAGGCAAUAUGUCACAAGUGCAAACACUACUCCUGCGUCCGCCACAACGUCCCCUGGCACAAGGGGGAGACAUGCGCGCAGUUCGACCGCAUUCGCAAACACAGGAAGGACGACAAGCUCUCGGAGCAGCACAUCAAGGAGAUCACGAAGCCAUGCCCCAAGUGCAAGAGGAAAGUGCACAAGUUCAGCGGCUGCGACCAUAUUACAUGUAUAUGCGGCCACGAAUGGUGCUGGCUCUGCCUCGCAGUCUAUUACAGAGGUGAAAACGGCUUCCUGGAGUGCAAACACACCCAGCAGUGUCGGUACCACCGUAACCCGCCCGACUACGAAGGGGGCAGAGCCUUCCUGCCUUUUACGGAUUUCGGUGGCCUACCACCGCUGAGGCCACGGCCAGGUGGCUUUGGCCCGCCUCCUGGAGUCAACUUGCCUCCGUUCAGGCGAGCUGGACAACCGGUGCCACCACCGCCACCAGCACCAGCACCAGCACCAGCACGACCUCAUAAUCGCCCGCCGCCCGCUCCAAGGUUGCUUAAUGCUGAUCCGUUCGAGUUCUUCCUGGGUGCCGGCGGAAACCGCCAUCCGUUCUACUUCGAUACCAACAUACCCAGGAUGGGACAACUUCAGCGAGAACAGGUCACCGGGUUCAUCGAGCAAGCGCUGCUCUUUGACUUUGGACAAAUGUUGCAACGAGCGAGGUGA